GACUGGUGUAGUUCUAGGUUGGUCUUGAGUCACCAGGUGGGAGUUUAAGAACCUUCUGUUGAGACCCAAAGGAGACAGAAUCUAGAGACAGGCCACAAUGGUGCAGUGACAGAAUAAAGACCUGGUUGCUAGGGUCAGGGAAUAACCACCAGAGGCCUGGAAGAAGAGAAAUGGAGCCCUAGCUCCUAGUCCCCUUCCGCACCCUCCUUCCUCUUAGGUUGUGUGAGAUGUUACCUUUCACCUAAACAUCAUCUUCCUGAUUUCAGACCUUUUAACUCUGGUCUCUGAGUUCUGCUUAGUUCCACAUUUUCUACCCAUUUGCACAGAGGACCACCACCUCUCCUUUCUGGAAUCGCUAAGGUUUUCUACUUCACUUGUGACCUGGUCAUCAGCCCUACUAAUUCAGCUAAGAUGGAAGUGCCCACCCUCUCCAAAACACUUAAGCCUCCUGAUCUCAAUGAAGAGUCUUUGGACCCUAGGAUUAUGAUUGCCUUAUUUGAAAUUGGAUCAAUUUCCCCAGUUUCUUGCAGUUCUCUUCCUUCACUAAAAAGUAGUGACCACGAAGCAAUUGAACAGCGAAUUGCAAAGAAGUUUGAAAGCCUCUUAAAAGAAAUUAAAGAUAUUGUUAAACAUGUGACAAGUUAUGAACAGAAGGUCACAGAAACAAAAGAACCUUUUAAGGAAACCAAUAUGUUUGAGGUGUCAGAACUUAGAGAAAAAAUCAUAGAACUUGAUGAAAUAAAUAAAGAACUAGUGAAAAAACUGCUUGCUAGUUCGGACCUAGGGAAAAAAGAGAAUGCAAAGAAACAGGAGAUGAGGUUGGACAACCAGAACUCUGAGGACACAGUGCAAGACUGUUCAGGGGAUUUGCUAAAUUGUUCAAAAGGACAAAAAGCCCUUCCUGAAACUCAGCUAAGUAAGGAAAAAGCAAAGCACGGAUUCCCUCACAUUCAAGAAGAAAAUAUCAGACUGAGGAACAACAUGGAGCGGUUACUACAGGAAGCAGAACACUGGAGUGUGGAACAUACUGAGCUCAGCAAACUAAUAAAAUCCUAUCAGAAAUCUCAGAAUGACAUCAAAACUCUUAAAAAUAAUGGCACCCAUUCCCCAACUCAAACAAAUAAUGAGUCAGCUAAGCAAGAGCUGGAGGAACAAGUGAAGAGAUUGAAAGAAGACACAUAUUCAUUGCAUUUGAUUGCAACUUUGCUGGAGAAUGAAUGCCAAAUCUUAGAGCAGAGAGUAGAACUGCUUGAUGAACUCCAUCAUCAGAAGGAAGAACCUCAACAAGGGGAGCCAAUGCAAAUAAAUCAUGAGCAGAGCGACAGGGAACAGAAGCUACCAGAGGCAGAGAAGGUCAAAAUACAUGAGAAAAACAUGCCAGAAGUGGAAGGUACAUUUCACAAAAGAGAUCAGUUCUUUACAAGCCUGGAUAUUUGUCAUAAUAAGAAAGCUCAUAAUAACAAGUUCAAUACUCGUAUUGCAAAAAGAGCUCUUGUGGUAAAGAGGCCAGCUAGCAGCUUAAGUUAAAAAAUACCAAAAGUAGAAGAAAAGGCAGAUCUUCAAAAAACUACAUAGUACAUCCAGCUCCAGGCAUAUCAAUCAUCAAACCUAAGAGAGACCUGUUCAACCAAGAAAUAGCCAUAGAACAAGAAGGUUAACAAUUAACAUUAUUCAUUACCUUGAUGGUUAGGUAAGUUUGGUCUUUAAUGACCAUCAAUGUCAACUUUUGCUCACAUUAGUCAUCUUUACAAGCUGGUUUUGUAGUUAUUACACAGAGAUCUAUGACACUUUAACCAAAAGUGAGAAUUUACAGGUCCAAAUAAGUAAAGAUCUAAAUAAAAACCACAACAAGCAAAGGAAGGGAUUCUUUUUUCUUUAUUUAAUUAUUGCCUUGGGGAGAGAAGUUCUGGGGGAGAAAGUAUAUAACACUUUAAUUGUGAACCUUUCAAACUCCUUUCAAACACAUAUUCCUUUUCCUAUUUAUUAUCCACUCAAGUGUGGGCUGUAGUGGAGUUUUAAAAAAGCUGAUAAGUCACUCCUAAUCUUCUCAUAAAUUUCCCUGUUCCCUGGAUCUACUGUUACUAAUAUUCCCUUCUUGCUCCUCAACUAGUAAAUGGUGGGCAUACCAGGCAGCAGAGACCCUUGGGGAAGGACACCUUGGCUUCUGUAGAAGAAUAGAUGUGUCUCAAGAUUUUGUUCUGUGCU